AAAUAUAAGAGAGGGAGGGUGAUGCAGUUUGAAUUUCCUGUUGCAAUAAUGGACCUUUUCUCCAGUGUAAAUCCGGAAAUUCUAUAUGCCGAUAAUAAGACGCGACAUUAUUAUAUUUUUUCCAGAAGAGUAGGUGUGUUAUUCUGUACAGGAAACCCAGCAGAGUCUUGUGGAAUCGUAAAGCCUAACAAAGUUGUUGUGGCCGUACAAGCUUUCAUGGAGAGCACAGUCGGCUUCCAUCAGAUGUAUGAAGAGAAAUCCUAAAUUGGCAAGCAUAUAUUACACACACGCGCGCGCGGCUGGAGUGGAGAAGAACUGAAUACAAUGAUGACUUCAGAGGGAAAUGAAGUUAGAACUUCAUUUUUCGUUUCUCUGUAAGACUCUGAGAGGGCGGGGCGAAGACUGUAACUCUACGUGCCCAAGUCCUGCGGAGCGUCGUUGCCUAGCAGCGCGUGGAGGGUAGUGGGCGGAUCGCCACGUCUUCGACGGCUGCUGCCGGUUGUCAGCAAACAUGGCUGCCUCCGGACGAAAGAUGAGGGGAGGCGCCGGGGCACGAGAGACGUCGUCGCUGUUGGGUCGGGCUGUUCUCUUUCUUUCGUUUGUGCUGCUGGACUUGGCCCUGCCGGUCCGGGGCCAGUUUCAGGAAGGCACUACGCUUGAGACUGAUCCAACUGAGAAAAUAACUGAUAACUCUGAAACUCAUAAUGUAACAUCCGUUAUUCAAAAAGCCGGUAUGACAAAUACAACAAAAGAAGAUAUACCCUCAACAUCUCUGAAAAUCAAUGUUUCUGUAGCACCUGGGCCGACCAUAGCAAAAGAUAAGCUAGCUUCAUCUUCUGUACCAGCUUCUGUGACUCCUACUUCACAAAUAGUUAUUGAUGCUUCAGAAGACACAAAUAUUAAUGAAGAUGGCAUUACGGACAAAGGCAUACUGUCUAGUUUCCUACCAAUAGUGAAAGGAACUAUAGAACCUGGUGAAUAUUAUGGACCAUAUGGAAUGUCAUCUGAAGACCAAGAUGAUCAAACCAUUUCAGAAUUUACGGAAAAGGUGGCAAAUAUGCACAGUUAUGAAAAUAAGAAAUCAUUUCCUGAUGAGAUGGAUACCACUGUCUCAGAAUCGGAAGAAGAUAGCCAUUUCUUUUUUCACCUGGUUAUUGUUGCCUUUUUGGUAGCUGUUGUUUACAUCACAUAUCACAAUAAAAGAAAGAUUAUCUUGUUGGUCCAGAGCAGAAGAUGGCGAGAUGGACUUUGUUCCAGAACAGUUGGAUAUCAUCGUUUAGAUCAAAAUGUUAAUGAAGCUAUGCCAUCAUUAAAAAUUACCAAUGAUUACAUUUUUUAAAAGCAGUGUGAUCUGAGUUUACUGAACUAGUAAUUUCCUUUGCCUUUUAUAUGAUGUGCACAUUUGCCACGAGCAAUGAGCGUGUGCACACUCUUCUUAUGUUGCAGGUUUUUAACCUAAUAUGAGGGCAUGUAAGAUUAAUACUAACUUUUGGUGACAGCCAGACUUUAAAAAUCAAUGUAUAUUGUGUCAUUUUUAGUCUAUUUAUCUUUCACUAUGUAAUUCCUCCUGCCUGGAGCAAUCUUAGUUUAGAACAUAGCUAAAUAAUAGUCAAUAUUCAAAGUAUUGAUAAAUCUGGCAUCAGUGAAUAAUACUGAAAGGAACUCUGGUGAUUGUUUUUGGAUCAUGUAUUCUUUUUCAUCCUCAGUACAGAUUGCUUACCUUAAUACAACAAAGUGUCCAUCAGUAUAAAGCAGAACUCCUUCUGUAUGAAGAAUUGGGCUGGUAUUUGUUCUCUAUAGUCUUUGCAUAGAUACACAAUUUAAGAGAACAGUAUUUUUCACAUGUUACCGAUCAGCCUGUCUUCUUGCAUAGCUUAUAGAUAUCCAUUUUAAAUACUGGUGGUGAUUAAGAGCCCAUUUUUCUCUGCCAUUUUGCUUCCAAAAAUGACUUGAAAACUCUGAAGUUAAGAGGAACUUUUUCAAGCUUGAUGCUGAGAUAUACAAAAAGAUCUGUAGAAUAAGCUCAUCCUACAUUUCCCUUAAUAUUUUAAGUAGGGGUUGGCAAGACACAAUUUGUGGUUUCAUUGUAUUGCAAACAUGGAAGGCAUAUGAAAGACUUAUUACUUCAAGUAUUGGUCUAAUCAAGGUAAUUAGCUGCAGGUAAAGAAUUGUCAUGAAUUGAAGUCUCCCAAUUUUAGAGAGCGCUGUACUACUUCCUGUAACUUUGGGGGAAAAAAUCCCUUCUGUAUGAAUUGUACAGAAAUGUUCUUGGUACACUGGGAUACUUUAAAAUAAAGUAUGUACUUUUGCUAUUUAUGUUCAUUUUCACAAGUUGUAAUUAGUAAUAAUUAGUACUUUUACUUUAAUGUACAUCCUGUACAUGAGCGAUUCAUUUUCCAGCACUGAAAAAUAUGUAAAUAAUCAGUUGGGACUGUAAUUCAUUACUUUAUAUGCAAGUAUUAUUGUACUAUUCUGAAAAACACUUGCACAUCUGGCAUGGGAAGAGUUGCUAUGGGCAUGAUCUUAUUUUAGUAGAUAAAGCAAUUGAGCUACAUUUAGUAUGCCUAAAAACAAAAAGGUGAAGCACAACAGUACCUGCCAGAAAUGUUUUCUUGCAGUAAUUUUUAUCAUAUAUUAACUUGUAUCACUUUUAAUAAGAUUUUUCAAAUAAAUUUCAAGGAUAUAA